GUGGUGACCCCUGACCCGGAUGUGCACCGGGCGGACACGCCGCACUGUGUCGCGUGAGCAGCCGCCGACGUGCAACCGGAUUCUGGAGACUUCGCCGCGAUGAGUUAACGGGGGAGGAACCGGUUGAUGAGUUGAAGUGUUCACUAAGAUGAGAGGAAUCUGCCCGACAACAGCAGCAGCAGCAGCAGAGAGCAGAGAGAGAAGCUAACCCUCGAAUGGCCUGCCAGUCUGUCGCUGCAGUCAUGGACGAGCAGGCCCUGAUGGGGCUCAACCCGAACGCCGACGCCCGCUACAGGCAGAGGGCGAUGGCGUACUUCGAACAGCUGAAGGAGUCUCACGAUGCCUGGGAGAUUUGUGCCGAGUCGCUCGCUAAAGGGAUUUACAACGACGACCACGUGAAAUUCUUCUGCUUCCAGGUUCUGGAGCAUCAGAUCAAGUUCAGACACGGCGGUCUGAGUGCCGCUCAGCAGCAGCUCAUCAGGGAGACGCUGAUGAAGUGGCUCCAGUGUCAGCUGAUGAGCGCUCAGCCCGAGAAGCCGUUCAUUAGGAACAAGGCGGCGCAGGUGUUCGCUCUCACCUUCAUCAUGGAGUAUCUGACCCUGUGGCCCAAGUUCUUCUUCGACGUCCUGACGCUGGUCGGCCUGAACCCGCACGGCGUCGACAUCUACCUGCGGACGCUGAUGGCCAUCGACGGGGAGGUGGUGGACCGAGACAUCCUGCACUCACCUGAGGAGACUCGCAGGAACACGCUGAUCAAAGACGCCAUGCGGGAGCAGUGCAUCCCGAGCCUGGUGGAGUCCUGGUUCCAGAUCCUGCAGACGUACCAGCGGUCGCAUCCGGAGCUCACCUGCCAGUGUCUGGAGGUGGUGGGCGCCUUUGUGUCCUGGAUCGACCUCAACCUCAUCGCCAACGACCGGUUUGUGAACGUGCUGCUGAGUCAGAUGUCGGUGGACGAGCUGCGGGAGGAGGCCUGCGACUGCCUGUUUGAGAUCAUCAACAAGGGAAUGGACCCGGUGGACAAAACCAAGCUGGUGGAGUCUCUGUGCCGAGUCCUGCAGUCGGCUGGGUUCUUCAACGUGGAGCAGGAGGACGACGUGGACUUCCUGGCCAAGUUCUCGCGGCUGGUGAACGGGAUGGGUCAGAGUCUGGUGCUGAGCUGGACCAAGCUCAUCAAGUCGGGCAACGUGAAGGAGGCGGCGGAGACGCUGCAGGCGGUGGAGGCCAAGGUGCCGCUGAUGCUGCAGCUGCUGGUGCAUGAGGACGACGACAUCUCGGCCAACAUCGUGGGCUUCUGCUACGAGUACCUGCACGUCCUCAAACAGCUUCCUCAACUGACGGAUCAGCAGAAAACAAACAUCGAGGCCGUGAUGCUUGCCAUCAUGAAGAAACUGACGUACGACGACGAGUACAACUUUGAGAACGAGGGCGAGGAUGAGGCAAUGUUCGUGGAGUACAGGAAGCAGCUGAAGAUGCUGCUCGACCGUCUGGCGCAGGUGUCUCCUGAGCUGCUGCUGGAGGCGGUCCGCCGCGUCUUCACCAACACCAUGCAGACCUGGCAGACGUCUGUGUUCAUGGAGGUGGAGGUGGCUAUCAGGCUGCUUUACAUGCUCGGCGAGGCCCUGCCCGCGUCGCACGGCGCCCACUUCUCAGGAGACAUGGCGAAGACUAACGCACUGCAGGACAUGAUGAGGACGCUGGUGUCGUGCGGCGUCAGCGGCUUCCAGCACAGCUCCGUGUCGCUGGAGUUCUUCGAAACCGUCGUCCGAUACGACAAGUUCUUCCUGGUGGAGCCGCAGCACAUUCCCAACGUCCUGAUGGCGUUUCUGGACCAGAGAGGACUGAGACACAACAGCCCGAAGGUCCGCAGCCGAGUGGCCUACCUCUUCUCCAGGUUCAUCAAGACUCUACAUAAACACAUGAACGCCUUCAUCGAGGACAUUCUGACUCGGAUCCAGGACCUGCUGGAGCUAGCUCCUCCUGACAACGGUUUUCUGGCGAUGCUGACGAGUGACGACCAGCUUUUCAUGUUCGAGACGGCCGGCGUGCUGAUCGUGAACGCAGAGUGUCCGGCAGAGAGGAAGCAGGCGCUGAUGCGGAGUCUGCUGGCGCCGCUGAUGGACGCCUUCCGCCUGCUGCUCGCCAAACUGCCCCGGGAGUCGGAGGAAGAGCGGCAGGCCGCGCUCGGCGACUGCCUGAGCCAUGCCAUCGGGUUCGUCAGUCGGACCAGCAAGGCGUUCAGCAACAAGCAGACGGUGAAGCAGUGCGGCUGCACCGAGGUUUACCGCGAGUGUCUGCAGACCUUCCUGCCAGCGCUGAGCUGCCCCGUCCAGCGGGGGGCGCUGCGGGGCUCGGUGCGCUCCUUCCUGCACCGCAUGAUCAUCUGCCUGGAGGAGGAGGUGCUGCCCUUCGUCCCUGCCGCCUCCGAGCACAUGCUGAAGGACUGCGAGGCCAAAGACCUGCAGGAGUUCAUCCCACUCAUCAGCCAGAUCACCGCCAAGUUCAAGCGGCAGGUGUCGCCCUUCCUGCAGCAGGUCUUCAUGCCGCUGGUCCUCGCCAUCUUUGAGGCGCUGGCGCGGCCGGCGGAGGACAACGACCAGGCGGCGGCGCUGGAGAAGCAGAUGCUGCGGCGUAGUUACUUCUGCUUCAUCCAGACGGUGACGGGCAGCGGCAUGAACGAGGUGAUGGCCAAUCAGGGAGCAGAGAACAUCGAGCGCGUGGUCUUCACCAUCGUCCAGGGAGCCGUGGACUUCCCCGACCCCAUCGCCCAGAAGACCUGCUUCAUCAUCCUGUCCAAGCUGGUGGAGCUGUGGGGAGGUAAAGACGGGAUGGUCGGCUUCCCCGACUUCAUCUACAAGAACAUCGUCCCUGCCUGUUUCCUGGCUCCGCUCAAGCCGACGUUCGACCUCUCCGACGCCCAGACCGUCCUGACGCUGUCAGAAUGUGCCGUUACUCUGAAGAUGAUUCAUCUCAAACGGGGUCCAGAGUUCAUCCAGUUCCUGCAGCAGGAGUAUCUGCCCUCGCUGCAGGUGUCGCCAGAGAUCUCGCAGGAGCUUUGUCAAGUUCUUCAGCAGCCGGACGUCAAAGUUCUGAAGAUCUACAUCAAGGCGUUCUUCCAGCGAGCGAAGCUGUAGGACACGAAAACCGGGAAGUUCACCGGGACUGGAAAGGACUCGUCACAGGAAGUGGGCCAGACUCGCCGCCUCACAACAAAACAAAACACACAUGGAACUUAGCAUAGGAGCUGCUUUUGCACUUACGAAAUAAAUGCAUAACGAAGCCCAGCCGGUCUAAGUCGGGAGCGUGGACAGAAGGUCCGAGAGACGAGCUGUCCAGCGUCCACGUGGCCCCCGAGACGCCGGCGGCCUCGAGUUCUACUCGAGUUCUGCGGAGGAACUUUGUGGAAACCGCGGCGUCGUGAGGGAAAAGAGCUUUUAGGCGUAAAAAACACAGAUCUGUGGAAGACGACGCUCCGCUCGGGAAGGAUUCAUGUCACCAUAACUUUAUUCUUUACUCUUUACCGUGGGAAACACACUUCAAAACACGCUAGAUAUUUUCUGAUGAAGUUUUACCGCCACAGAACGGGUGAACAAUAAGGGCUGAGUCUUAUACUGUCGUACUCUCGCUAUUUAAACUGUGGCAUUAUGUUUUUCUUGGUGUUGAGCGACGGACGGUUGGAAGUUUGAUUUGAAGUUUUGAAGUGAAACGUGUUUUCAGCCCUGACGCGACGCAGCUCCGCCUCCUGCUGCGUGUCUCCGCCUCCCGCUCACUUUAUUUUCCUCAAUUCCUAAAAAAUCAAUUGUCGGAAUUUAUCGACCGCUCUUUUCGUUUGUUGCUCGAUCAAUGUACUGAAGAUAAAAAACCACAUCCGCGUCAAGUUUACGACAAAUAUACGUUUUGGUUGUUUAUCAUUUCAGACGGAGGAACAAAGUGUAAAUAAGAGAAUACGAUGUUGAAACAUGUAAAUAAAGUUGCGAGGUUUA